AUGUUCAAGCCCACGCAGCCAAUGAUGGUGCGUUUGCGCUUGACCACCAAGCAGGUCAAUGGUGGCUAUUACAAGGGAAACCGGACUGGCUCCAUGGGUCACUUCGACAAGAGAGGCACAUACAGGCCUGAUUUGUCAAAGCACCGCGUGUAUAUUCCUGCGGAAAAGCUCGAAAUUCCCGGGCAGCGUUACACUGCUGAGACUACGAAGGAACCAUUCACCCUCGCCCCCUUCAUCACAAAACACAUGCGCAAGACACCGUCGAACUACGUUCAAGAUAUCGAGAGAAAUGGCCGAACGAUUACCGUGAUCAGAGGAUUUGAGGGCAAGGACUAUUUGGAGAAGUGGGCCGAAACCGCUGAAGCCGAUGAGGCCCGACUAGCACAACCCUACACUGAGAAGACCAAGAAGAUUGAGACCAAGCCGACGCCGCAGGUUGAGAACCAAGAAGUGGCCCAAACGCCCGAGACGCCUAAGCCCAAGCCCAAGCCCUCCAAGACCCUUUUCUAG